AUGCGACUCUUGCUGGCGGUUUCGGCAGUAGCGGUGCUGCUGGCAAUUCUGGCGCCCGAAUUCAUUCCCAGCUUUCUGGCUGAUACCGGCAGAGUGCUGGAGGACUUGUACCUGCAGCUGUUGUUGCUGCCUGGCGCUGCCAAUGCGAGUGUGACGCCCACCAAGACGGCAGGCGCGGACUUGAAACAGGAGCAGCCGGAGGAGACAAGGAAAAAUGCCGACACCCUUCUGGAAGAGGCAGAUGUGCUCAGGCAGAAGAAGGCCACAAACGAGAGAGAAAUAGAUGCGCAGCAGCGUGUUAGCGCCCAGCGAUAUGCCGAGGCACGUCGUGCUGAGCCGGACAUGCCGGACAUUGUGCCGCUGCCCCUGGAACAUCCCGACGAGAUUCGCCAACGCAUGGUGGUCGACAGGUUCGGCCCGGAGAUGCGGUGUGGCGAGACUCUUCCGCCGGAGAGCCGCAUCACGACUCGCAGCGUUGAGCUCCAUGCAGAGUCGAUUUUUCAAGGUUCCUACGGAGGCCAAUUUGCGUGGAAGUACGUGGUGACCUUCUCGAACCACGGUGAGGAGACCGUCCAAAUGCUGACACGGCACUGGGUUUUCGUCGAUGCCUUGGGCCGACUGGAGACAGAGGUGAAGGGCCCGGGUGCUCGUGGUGUCACCCCGGUGCUGCCUCCGGGCGGUCAGUGGGUCUACGAGAGCGGAACGCGCCUGAAGACUCCGCAUGGCACAAUGCAUGGAAGCUUCCAGUUCGAGAUUUUGAAGAGCAGCCAAAGGCUUGACAGCCGCUCCUUCAGCGCUCGAGUCGGCCGCCUCGCACUGUCGGAGGAUGGGCGGCCAAAGAAUGUGCCUUGCGUGUCGGAGGCAGAGGAAGGCCAGCGCGGGGGAGCGUCUUCUAGGACCGGAAAGAGAUUUUUUUGGCUCUCUGGUGUCGUGGGUUUACAUCCAGCUGAGUCGGAAUGUCCUUCUUCCUCACGGACGAUGUUGACUGGCCAUCUGACACAGCGGCUGUCUGCACCGCAACUUCUGCCUUUCCUAUUAGAUUACUACUGCUACUACUGCUAUUACAGCUAUCAUCAUUACUAUUGCCACUACCGCAACCGCAAUCACUGCCACUACCCCUAA